AUGGUUUCAUACGUCAAUUCUGCCUCUAUAUUCAACGAAUCACCUUCACAAAUAUUAAAAUCAAGUAGUGUUGAUGAACACAAAAUAGUUCACUUAAUAAGUAGACCAACACAAUUAUAUUAUUAUUAUGGAAUUGGAGAGAACGACGCUGGUGAAGCACACAAAAAUAAAAUGGGAACGGAGUAUGGAAGCGAAACCAGUCAAAUUGAAGUAGGCAUAGGCCAAGUAUGCAGAGUCAAAGUGCCUUCUAAUGAAGUUUUCUAUUUAGCCUAUGAAGAUGGUAUUCCCGGUGGCAAUCCGUCUUCGUUUAUUCAAUUGUUUUUUCACUGCUCACAAUACUGGUCUUGGUGUUGUGGUGUGGAUUGCUGCCAACUUGACCCAACAAUUUUAUUUAUCGUUUUCUGCAUUUGCUUCGUAACAAUCGCCUGUGGGGUUCACUUUGCUCUACGCUCACACCUUUGCCGCAACUUUUGCAUUGAGCGUUUAUUAAGGGCUGGAGGUGUAAUUAAGGAACGAAAAAGAGUGAUAGCCCGCAAAAAUGCGCAACGUAGGAAACGUAGUGGAAGCAGUAGCGGGAAGAGUAGAAGCAGUAAUAGCAGUGUGUUUAAAGGAAGGGAAGAAAGGAAAAAGUUGAACAGGGUAAAAGCCACAGGAACUGGACUUCGUGAGAAAUUGAUAAAGAAAGGAUCAGUCAAUGUACCAGUGGAGAGUGGCGGUAUCAGUGGAAAGCAUCGCUGCUCUUCGGCUCUGCCACAAAUUGUGGUUACCGAACCGAGUAGUGGAUAUGAGCCAAGCUAUAGGUCUGUUGAUUGUGAAGAUGAGGAGGACGAGGAACUUAUGUAUGACGAAGAGAUGGAGGAGGAGGAUGAAAUUUAUUAG